AUGAACGCCUUCGUGCCGCUGAUCCUGGUACUGAUGGUGGCAGCUCGAGUGACCCACUCAUCCAGGAUCCUGGGCAUCAUCCCGAAGGCCUCCAUCAGCCACCAGCUGCCUUUCAGACUGAUAGCCCUCGAGCUCGCCAAGAGAGGCCAUCAGGUCACACUCAUGACAACGGACCCGAUUAGAAAAAACAUCCAGAAUUUUACAGAAAUUGAUGUAUCGAUCACAUACGACUAUUGGAGAAAAACAUUUGACUUUAUGUCGAUGCCAGACCAAACUCCAGUAGAAUAUAUAGAAACAUGGUCUCCUUCAGGAAAGGCUGUGUGUGAGAUCCAGUUAGAAUCCCAACAGAUGAAGGAUUUUCUCCGGUCCCAACCGUCUUUCGACGUAGUUAUUCUGGAGCAGUUAUUAUAUUAUUGCUAUUAUGGCUUGAUUCACCAGCUUGGAUCUCCACCAACAAUUGGUUACGUGUCUCUGGGCGCUCCUGCUCCUGUACUCUCUUCUUAUGGAAAUCCCAACAACCCAGCAUACUGUCCAGAUUUCAUGGUUGGCUACACAGACCACAUGUCUUUCUGGGAAAGACUACAUAAUGCCUAUGUUAUGGCUCGAAUAUUUUACAUAUGGAACUACGUAACAAUGCCAUCGCAAAAUGAACUGAUUAGGAAAUAUUUUAGUCCUGAUCACCCCCCUAUGGAAGAAAUUGACAGAAACUUCAGCCUUCUUAUUGUCAACAACCACUUCAGUGUGAAUUACCCACGGCCACUGUUGCCUAAUGUCAUUGAGGUGACGGGACUACAUCUGGAGAAACAGCGGAAGCCACUUCCUCGAGAUAUCCAGGAUUUCCUUGAUGGUGCAAAAAACGGUGUGAUUUACUUCAGCCUUGGUACUAAUGUGAAGGGUAGUGCAAUGCCUGAGCACAAACAAAUUGCAUUCUUGGAAGCUUUUGCGCAGUUACCAUAG